AUGAUGGAUGCCGAUACUUCGGCGGAUGGUCUUGAAAGACGGGUUGACUCUACAUACGGUAUACCGAUCGGGCCUUUGAGUAAUAAGACUACCCUGGUUGAGGAACCUCGCUCACCUCCAUUCAGUUCGAAAGAAGACAUCUCAAAAGAAGCGCCGCUGAUUGCUGGAAUCUACCAGCGAGAUAAAAAGGUCGUCAGCAUCGACAAGUCGGACCCGGCCUCCAUUAAAGAAUAUCUGGAGUACAACCUUGAUGUCCGACGGUUGAAUGAGAUCCACAAGCACCUUUGGCUGGCUGGCUUACCGCAAGCCUGUCGAGCAUUGCAUGACCAAGUCAGAAUUGGGCGGCAGAUUCACAUCUCGGAAAUGGCACAUCUCCACCUCGUUUGGCGCGACAACAUUCUGUACCUGAAGCCGCUGCCAGAUUAUCUUUUAAGCUGUUCUUUCUGGACAGAAAAGCUCUGCGCUGACCGUGAACUUUUUGAGAGCGCGAAAGGAUUUCUCUACUCUUACACCUGGCUAAUAUGCAGCAAAAGCGACUUAAAGAUUGCGCUUGAGAAAGGGCUUGUAUCGGAAAAGAUCACUUGGGAGAAAUGGGUCCCUUUCUCUGCAGCUGUGGUGUCCAGCAUCAAGGGCGAUCUCAGUGACAUCAAUCCGAGAUAUGUUUAUGGCGAAUUACGUCUCACGCGACUGAAUGCGAUAAGCAGAUUCUGCACGAACACGAUCAAAUUCAGGACCAUGAUUCGCGGAUAUGAUUAUGGCUACCGCCAAUACUCGACGUACCUUGAAAGAAACUUCAAAUGGGUUUUGACUGCCUUCAUCUAUAUAACUGUGGUUCUGGCAGCUAUGCAAGUGGGACUGGCCACAACCAAAUUGAACGAGAACGCAAUAUUCAACCGCGCGUCAUACGUGUUUACCAUGUUCUCUAUUCUGGCUCCGAUUAUCUCGUUAACAAUCGGGUCGUUUUUUAUAUUGGUCCUUAUAGUUUUUAAUCUUCGUUAUGCGCUAAGUCGAAGAGCAACAUCGCAUAAGGAAUUCGCAGGAGCUUUUGGAAACGAAUCUCUACAAGCUUAUGGACAUUGA